GCCAAAAAGAUAAAUUUCCUUUUUUUGACUUUUACCACUUACAAUUCUCUCUUUCCAUGUAUAAAAGCAAGCAAACAUUCAUACAAUUACAGGCUACAGAUUUUUUAUUUUUAUUCUUUUAUUGCAUAAUUAAUAUUUAAUGCAAAUUAUUUCCUUUACCUUCCUCGUAUUCUUGAUCUUCUUUUGUCUCCAAAUUAUCAGUGUGUUGAUCCGCUGUUGAGCUGAUUCGAUUCACAAAUGGAGAUUUCCCAAAGGAAGUUCAAAAUUAGGAUUUUUAUGAGAUGGGCUGUCUGCAAUAGCUGAAAAAACCCAGUUGGUGGUGAAAAACAUUUAUAUGAACACAUAGAUAGGUACUGAUAGAUUGAUUGAUAAUUUUGGGUUCAUUUUUUUAAUUCGAGAUGGGCUGUCUCCCAUGCUUUGGAUCGUCAGAGAAGGAACAAAAUAAUGUCAAUGCUGUAAAAGAAGUGGCGAAAAAGGAGUCGUUUAAAGAAGGUUCUGGAGCUCAGUCUCAUAACCAUGUGAACCGAACCAGUUCAGAUAAAUCAAAAUCUCGGAGUGGUAAUGAUCCCAAGAAGGAAGCAGCAUCUCCUAAAGAGCCUCUGGCAUAUAUAGCUGCGCAAACAUUUACAUUUCGUGAGCUUGCAUCUGCAACUCAGAACUUUAGACCAGAGUGUUUGCUGGGUGAAGGUGGGUUUGGACAUGUUUACAAAGGUCAAUUGGAAAGCACGGGACAGGUGGUUGCUGUUAAACAGCUUGAUCGAAAUGGUCUCCAAGGGAAUAGAGAGUUUUUGGUGGAGGUUCUCAUGCUUAGCCUCUUACACCAUCCGAAUCUUGUCAACUUGAUAGGAUAUUGUGCUGAUGGAGAUCAACGGCUUCUCGUUUACGAGUAUAUGCCAUUGGGAUCUCUAGAAGACCAUUUACAUGAUCUUCUGCCGGAAAAGAAACCUCUGGAUUGGAAUACAAGAAUGAAGAUAGCUGCUGGCGCAGCGAAGGGAUUAGAAUAUUUGCAUGAUAAAGCCAACCCUCCUGUGAUAUACAGAGACUUGAAAUCGUCCAAUAUACUUCUCGACGAGGGAUAUUUCCCCAAGUUGUCAGAUUUUGGGCUUGCAAAACUGGGUCCCGUUGGUGAUAAAACUCACGUUUCUACAAGGGUGAUGGGGACGUAUGGUUAUUGUGCUCCAGAAUAUGCUAUGACUGGUCAACUCACUUUGAAAUCUGAUGUUUACAGUUUCGGAGUUGUCUUUCUUGAAAUCAUCACAGGGCGCAAGGCAAUCGAUAACAGGCAGGCUCCAGGCGAGCAGAAUCUUGUUGCGUGGGCAAGACCACUUUUCAGGGAUCGAAUGAAGUUUCCGAAGAUGGCCGAUCCUCGACUGCAAGGCCAUUAUCCUAUACGUGGACUUUAUCAGGCACUAGCAGUGGCUGCCAUGUGCCUACAAGAGCAAGCUGCCACACGACCCCUAAUUGGAGAUGUGGUGACUGCUUUGACAUAUCUAGCAUCCCAAACAUAUGACCCUAAUGAUCCUUCUUCCCAGAGCAAUAGAAUUGAUGCAUCCACUCUGAGGCAUCGGGAUGCACGAAGAAACAUGUCUAUUGGAACUGAUACCCUGGACGAGUCUGGACGCAGGAGCCACCAUGGUUCCCCUUCUGUCAACAAGAAUUCGCCGGAUUUCAGGAAGAGAGACUCUUUCAAGGAGUUCAAUAAUGGAGAGUUGCGGAGGAUUGAAACUGGUGGCGGUUCUGGCCGGAAAUGGGGUUUAGACGAGCCAGAGCGUCCUGAUUCUGAAAGAGACACGCCUGUUAGUGCAGGUAGAGGUAGAGAAACUCCAAGGAACCGGGACCUAGACAAAGAACGAGCAGUUGCUGAUGCAAAAGUGUGGGGUGAGAAUUGGAGAGGACGAAAGAGGGCAAAUGGCGGUGUUAGUUUUGACUGUACAAAUGAUUCGUUGCCCAAUGUAUCACUGUUAUGCUAGGAGAAGUGUAUCUUUCCUCCGUAUAUAGUCUUGUGUAAGAGAGCCUCAAGUUGGUUUUCCUUGGGGCUUACAUUGGUUCAUUUUAUAUUGUAGAGCUAAAUGUGAAAGGAUUUCUGAGUCAUUUUGUUUUGCUUAUAGAAAAAGGUUUGAUCUUCACAUAGCUAAAAUCAAUAAAUCAGACCCCUCUCGCCUA